AACGGACGGUUGGAAGUGGUAAGAUGGCGUUGACUAACCCCUAUAUAGAUAGGAGCGCCAUCAAUUCUUGUUCCUGUUGAUUCAUUCUUAUGAGAGUCCUAGAAUAGGAGGUCGAUGUAGAUUUAUUCGUUACCUAGGUAUAUAUUAAAAAAAUCUAUUGUCAACAUGGCAUCAUCAAAGCUACCCCUGAAAGUUCGGGUUGGCAUUCGUGAUCACUGGGACAACGUCGAUGCCCCCCUCCAAGCGACGCGGUCUGCCUUAAAGGAGACUCUUGGGAUCGACGUAAUACUUGAGAUUAACUGGGAUAUUGUCUUUUCUCAUUUAAGUGCUGACUAUCCGGAUAAGUCUACAUUUGUUCCUUCGAUCGCGGCUGGUGUCCAGGCAUUCCUCGACGGACUGCGGGAGAUAUUGGAUGCCGAUCUGAACCCGGAAUGGACUAAUACACUUCUCGAGAAUGCAAAUGGCUGCUUGAAACUUCUAAUAGGCGUCUCUAAGAAAGAGGAGCCAACGGUUCUUUGGUCUACAAAAAGCGUAGGCUUCCAAGUCAACCUCCCUAAGGGCACAAUGCCGUCGGCGAUUCAGAUGCAGUCCUCAUUCAAAAUUCAACUCGUUGAUUGUUUUGAUGACCCACAGCCUUCCUUUGAUGACUGGGCGGACAUUUCUACAGAAGCUACAAGAGAACGCCCGGCCAUAGCAGACGAGCAUAAAUCAUUUGACAUACUACCAAAUAUCAGCCUUCUACCAUGUCCGGACGACCUACUUCUCAAGCCACCGUAUCAUCUAACUGUUUAUGGCGGAGGUAAGACUACAGUCGAAGUUCAGUGCAGUCAUAGCCCGACAUUAGAGCUUCUUGCAGAGUAUCUGAAGAAAUGGUGCAAGGUCAAUCAUCAGGAUACACGACAUCCUCCCGCGGUCGAGGUCGAGUUACAUCAGUCGUCCUUCGGGUUCGGUCUUACGUAUGACCGUCUAACAAUGUCUGUCCAGAACCGUAAUCCACAUUUUCUCGUAUCCCCUAUGAUUGUGCUACCUUUUGUUGAGAGUGUGUUAGGUUACAAGAAUAUAUCGGUUGAUGGGUCUUCUUGGAUCUUCCGAAGGGACAUCGAGUUAAGGAAACCUAGACGGUAAAUGUUGUCUACAAUGUUAUCAAAGGUUUCCAGGAGUCGAUAGAAGUAAUUAUAGGCCUGGCUUUACUUACCUAACAAUUAUAACUUCGGGCUAGGAACAUACCUAGUAACUUAACUGAGCGUUCAACUAAAAGGAUCCUUCAGUAUACAAAGGAACUUAUCAAGGGGCUUAAUACUGGCCUAAUAUUCGGUCUCCUUUCCGAUUGCCUUUCUACCCACCUAACUUUUGAAGAGUUUUGAGUAGAAAAUUAGAGAUCUCGAACGAAACCUUUU